AUAUAUAUGCUCAAUUCAAGAAGCUAGUAGUAGAAAAGGUGAGAGGAUGAGUGGAAUCGGUUGCUCCAACGCUGCUUAUGCCAUGCCGGGGCUGCUCCGGCCGAAUGGCGGGCAGAAAGGAAGCAAGAGAGACAACCGCUGCUGCAGCUUCCAGAUGCCUCUCCACUACCCGAGGUUCAAAAAGAGUGACUACGAGACCAUGCCUGAGUGGAAGCUCGACUGCCUCUUGAAUGAGUACGGCUUGCCUGUCGCUGGAGAUGUCACCCAAAAGAGGAAGUUCGCCAUGGGAGCUUUCCUUUGGCCUUCCCAAGAAUGAAUAUAACUCCAUCUAUAUAUAUAUAUAUAUAUAUAUAUAUAUAUAUAUAUAUAUAUAUAUAUAUGUACUUCUUAUAAAUGUUAAGCUUUGUUCUGGAAAGCUGGUAGUUUUAACUAAGAUGAUAAUCUGGGAUUAGCUUUGAGACUGAUAUGUAGAUUAUGUGUGUACUACUACUUAAUAUUGUAACGUUGAUAUUUGGUCUAUGUAAUGCUUCUGUGGAUAUAUAAUGAAGAUAGCUAUUGAAGUAUGUA